AUGGCUCCUGACAGUGCUCUUGCUGAGUCACUCACUGAGUCACUCGCUCUCACAGAACUUGCUGCGGAACUGGACUGCUUCUGCUGCAAAGCUUCCGCUGUGGUGCAGUUUCCAAAAGUCGUACCACGGCCACGGCAGAAACUGCUGGACGACGACGGAUGGACGGGACACUCGGGAUGGACUGAUGCAGUCGGAUGGUCUUCGACUCUGAACGAGGAGCUCUUGAAUCUGAGCCGCCAGUGGUUGUCAGAGUACGCAGCUGAGAAAGUACAGGACAUGAGCCCAGAUGAGGCAGAUGCCAUCAAACAGGUCGAUCAGGAAUGCGAAUGGAUGAAUCAAUUUGCCGAAUCUCAUGACUGCUUGAAAGAUGUUGAGAUGCAAAAGAGCUUACCUGACACAGGGGAAGCCAAGACAAAGAUGCUUGCCGAGAAGACCAAUGCCAAGGUGGGCCAGGAGUCAAUCGCACAGAGUGUCCCCAAGAUCAGCUCACCAUUGCGGGCUGUUCUUCCAGUGCAAUCUCAGCAUAUGGAUGUUACGGAAGCGUCCGUGAUGUCUCAGGGUCCAGAUCUUCCCAGCCAGGCCCAGGUUUUGGCCCCAGCUCCUCUCUCCAAGGUGUGGCGACCAGCUGAAACAGCUAGAGCUGAAAAUGCUGGGAGGCCUUUGGUUCGAUCCGUUCAAUCCUUGGACCUCAAAGAACUGGGAGUCGACUCAUUGCCGAGCAUUUGGACUUUGGAAAAUCUACCAGGGGAACAGCAGCUCCACCUUCCAAGUGUUUGUGAGCCUGGAAAGUUUGUGGUGGAUGGACACCUUACGUUUGACUGCUCUCCUCAAAUUCUCAAGGCAUGCUCCGCCAACUUCUGGACUUUUGGCAAAGAAGAGAUCCAAGAUCUUCCUGCACCCAGCGACAUGCCAACUCUGGCCAUGCCGGAGGACCUUGCCCACGUCUUGCAGGGAGAUGCCAUGAGCUUUGUGAAGGUCAGUGCGCCGUGGUGUUCAGAUGAAGGCAACAUAGAUGACCUGAAGAAGCUCGUGGCAGAGACGUCGGAAGUCUGCAUGGAGCCAGGGCAGCCAGAGUUGAAGUACCAGUGGGAUGAGUGUUCCAGAAGUCUGGCUCCCCUUCCAGAGACAGCCCGAAUUUCUGGCGACGAGACUUGGGUGAAGCACAACACAGGCCGAUGCACAGUGGCCUUUCAGGAGCAAGGUCUAGAUACUCAUUUGUCCUUGCUUGGCGAUGUUCCCGAUGAGUGCCAAGCUGUGUCAGUGGGUGCCAGUUUGCCAAAAGCAGCUGACGAGACUUGCCACUACAAACCUUCACCAGAGGAGGGAAUGUUAACCCAGCAAUUGGAGACGGGCUCCAAUUUCGCAUGGGUGGCAUAUCGCCAGAAGCUGCCUCAACUUAUUCCGCCACUGGGAGGUGUCGAGGAGCCGCUACCUGAUUUGGAGAAGCUGCAAGAGCUGUUGAAGAAACAUGAAGCCCGGCUUGAACUGAAGGAAAAGCCACUAAAGGCCCAUGAUUUCGGAGAUGACGAGAGCAAGGCCUUGGAGUUAAGUCUCUACCGGCUCCUGUGCAGCUUGCACGUGAUUUUGCUACUCCGCGAGGAUCUGAAGAAAAAUGGAGUUCUUCAUGCAAUUUUCAAUGCCAUGUCAGCUGUGGCCCCUAAGGCCAAGCAGACGCAGUUUUUGAGCCAAAUUCCGGUGUUGGUGACGGCAAUGAUGUCUUGCCACGACCUCCUGAGCUCCGUCCCAGUCCAGAACUUGACAGCACCUAGCGCUAUUCCUCGGGAGGCCAAUGGAGUGGACGCGGGGAAAGCAAGAGACCUUUGCGAAUUUGUGAAUUGUCCAGGCUGCCAGAUCUCCGGUGCCACAGUGCCGAUGUUGCGCAGCUUGGAACUGCCGCGGAUCGAAGGUCUCAAGGUGUUGCGCCGGAAGGCGAUCGAGCAGAACAAGCGACUGGUGGUGCUUUUUGCAUCCCAAAGUGUGCUGGAAGCCAUCGCAAUGACCAUCGGAGCUGAUUUGAGUGGCAAGGCUCCCAGAGAGGUGGUGGCAGUCUCGGCUACGACGCCACCGUCCAAGUGCGAAGCGAUGCUGCGGAGCAGUGCCACUGCGCUGAUCCAUGAGAGCAUUUUGUCCUUCGCUGCUGCACAGCACUCUUCAGAGAUUGUCGCGGCCUGGGAGGUUCGAAGGCUUUUGAAACAAAGCCUUGUGGUGGGAUAUGAAUGUUUGACGCUGGAAUCAUCACGUGUCCUUCUACACUUUCGCCUUGAGUCCGAGCGAAGAGAUCCCGAUCCAGGCUCUGCCUGCAGCGAGUCUCAAAAGCGAGGCUGCGAGUUGAGCGCAGUCCAACCGGUUUCGCCGCAGAAAGGAAGCUACUGCGAUGCGAGAGCAGUUGCAGAUCCGCUUCUAGAUCCGCCCUUGGAGCUGGCACAUAUGCCGCAUAUGCCUGAGGGGAAAGGGACUUUGAUUGUUGGUGCGCACCUUCUGGAACAGCAAGACUUGCUUCGUGGUUUGGAGGCUGGUGGGUUGCAGAUAGUCGAGCGCGAGGUCCUUGCGGAGACCGAGCCCGAUCUUCUUUUGGGCCCCAGAGUGUGCUGCUUCCUCCGAAGUGCACAUGUUAUUUCCAGGCAACGACGAAACCUGUGCGAUCGCAUUGCUGCCGCGCUUUCAGUUUUUGAGGAAGUGAUACUGAUCUUGGUGAUGGAAACACAAAGCCCACAGGAGCAGGAACUCUGCGAGGGUCUUCUGCAAGCUCUUCGUGCACAGGGAAGUAACUCUUUGCGUGCCAGUACCGUGCAGAGUCAGGGACUGGUGCAGCUACUUCUGCAAGAGACGUUGUCCACUUUUGCUUCCGGCCGUGGCUUUCUUUGCCAAUUGGAGGAGACAGAGAGGGACGAGCUGCCGAUCUUGGCUGCGUUGCCUGGGCUCAAUGUAGCACUCGCGGAAGACCUUCUUUCGCAGAUGAGCUUCGCACAAGUGUUGCAGAAGGGUGCUGUGGCAGUGGCCGAUGCACUAGGCCUGCAACUUCCAGAGCAUAUUAUCAGAAAGCUGCAAGAUGCUAUCAUUGCAAAACGGCCGGCUGCAGCGGCUGCAGGCCCCGAGCGGCGCCUGUAUGGUUUUGCGGGACGUGACGCACAUUUCUUUGAGACUCAGCAGUUUCAACCCGGUAAGAGACGUGCUGGUGAAGAUUUGGAUCGGGAGAUCCAAACACCUCCAGCGCAGCGGUGUCCUGCCGUGGUGAACUGUGACCGUGAGCUGUUGCUGACUCCGCCGAAUCGCAUCAUGGCACCUGCACGACAUGCUCGGCAAGUGACUCCAGCAGGAGAUAAAGACCAUGUGAGAUGCAUUUUCCCGGAAGCUCAGGAGAUUGCCACGAAGAGGUACCCGCAGCAAUCUCAUGGAAUGCGUGAAGAAGAUUUGCAACGGAGUCGAUAUGAAAAGGAUGAAAAGCACUUGAGAGUUCCAAACUCGAUUCCAUCCUUGCCGCAAAAGAGGCUCUACAGUCAGGAUUUGGAACGAGCAGAGCAAGAGCACUUCCGCAGCCUGGAAUUUGCCAACUCUCAUCAGAAAUAUCAUUUGAACCAGAACCAGCCUUUGAACUCUCGUGCUGGACUUCGAGGUGUGCUCGUGAAUCGUCCAGCCUUGACACGUGGCUCGCUUUUUGGAUCUUUGUCCGGUGACUCAAGGCCGCUGAAUUCAAAUUUUAGAAGGCCAGCAGGCUUUCGCAAUUGGAUGGGCUGAUUUGCGCUGCAGCCCUCGUAUUGUAUGCCUCCUAAAAAUGGAGCAGGGUAUUCGGCGUCUGUAUAUCGCAGACGAUAGCGCCUAUUGUACAUGCAUGCACCGGAGGG